AUGACACGGACGUCCAGAUUCAUAGAUGUUUCCUCCAUAGGGCAAGCCGAGGAGGAUUUUUCACAAAGUUCGGAAUCAAGAUGGAUUCGAAAGAAAAUAAAGAUGCGCGAGUGUGCGAGAUUUGUGGCUGCAGAUCUGAAAGAUGAUUACAAAAUUGGAAAAGAAACCCUUUGUUUCUGUGGACUACCAUUUUAUAGACACUGCAGGACUACCGCCAUUGCCAAUUCGCUACCAUCGGCGGUCACAUGGUCAUGGAAAAGAGACACAAAAGUUCUACCGACAGAUGCUUUUGGAGAAUUAGAAUUUGUGGGUUACGAAGACAUUCAAAGAAAGUAUAUUCGAAUCGACACCGAGACAAACAUGAGAGAUGUUCUUCAUCUACUGCUUAAUGUUUGGGACAUGAAGAAACCUAACCUUCUCAUUUCUGUCACCGGAGGAACAGAAAACUUCCGAAUGAAAUCAAAGCUGAAGGACAUUUUUCGUAGAGGAAUGAUCAAAGCUUCGACAAGUACAGGUGCUUGGAUUAUUACUGGCGGAAUCAAUGCUGGUGUAAUGCGGUACGUGGGUGAGGCGAUGAGGGACUACUGGCUUACUGCCGCCUCUACAGUCCCGGUGGUAGCCCUUGGGAUUACAACAUGGGGGUGUGUGAAAAAUCGGGAAGACCUCCAGGACACAUUCGGGUCGGGUUUGUGGCCUGCAACAUACACAAUGACUCCAACAACUGACAGAAAUGAAAAGUGCCUGGAUCCAAAUCAUACCCACUUCUUACUGGUGGACAACGGAACUAAUAAUCAACCCGGGGUGGAAAUCAAAUUCCGAGCAGCGCUAGAGAGAGCUAUAGCUAACAUAAAAACUGGAAAUUCCCAAGAUGAUGUGUUCGUUCCCAUGAUCCUACUACUUAUUGAGGGUGGACUAGAUUCUCUGGAAAGUGUUCGGGAAUCCAUCAGAAACGGAAUCCCAGUAGUAAUCGUAAAGUGGUCUGGGGGACUUGCCGAUAUUUUGGCUGAUAUUUUCGAGAGUGCGAAGGUAGAAUGCAUAACGAUAAAAAGCAACGGCAGCAAUAGAACAAGGUCGCGCUCAGUGACAGACAAUUCUAUUCCGAACAAGCUUAGGAAGACCAUUGGCGAAACACUGGGACAAGACAAAAUUGAGGAGUACUAUACAAUUCUGUGUGAGUGCGUUGUGCAGCGGGAACUUGUCACCGUUUUCGACUACCACAGCACACUUGGAAUAGAUGUGGCAAUUCUGAAAAGUCUGUUGAAAGCAAACAAGGACCAAGUGUUCGAUCAGCUCAAACUGGCUUUGGCAUGGAACAGAAUUGACAUCGCAAAGAGUGAAAUAUUCACGGAGGAUAAAAUCUGGCCUCCUGGAAGUCUGCAUGAAAUUUUGUUCUCUGCUAUCAAGCAAGAUCGUGUAGACUUUGUAGAUUUGUUAUUGGACAAUGGAAUAUCAUUCAAAGACUUCGUCACCCAGGAGAGACUGCUCAAACUGUACAAUACAACACCGGAUCACUCUCUUCUUAGGGAACUCCUCUACAGAGUGAAACGAAAGCAUCAUAACAAUGGUAAUACGGCAAUAACAUUAAAAGACAUCAAAAGACUUAUAAAAAUGUUGACAGACGUUAACGUAGAACCUUAUGCAAGUCGUCCGGCUAACCAACAACCACUGGGAAGUAAUAGAAAAAAAGAAUCCAAAUUCCCGUUCGAGGAUCUCUUUUUGUGGUCAGUUCUUAUGAAUCGUCAGGAUAUGGCGAAGUUGUUCUGGAGACAAGGAAAGGACGCCACGGCUUAUGCACUGUUAGCGUUUGGAAUUCUGAAUGCCAUAGCAACCAAGACUGACGACACUGAGUUACGUAACAGCCUGAUCCGGAACGCUGAGGAAUUUGGAGAUCUAGCGAUGGGCGUUUUAAAUGAAUGUUUCGAAGCGGACGAGAAAAAGACGAACUUUUUAUUGAUUCGACGACAUGAACAAUUUGAUGGGGCAAACUGCUUGAAAAUUGCUGUGAAAUCCGACAACAAACAAUUCAUAUCCCAUCCAGCUUGCCAAGACUUCUUUAGGAAUGUAUGGAUGGGACAACUGAGCCCAGAAAAUGGGACUUGGAGGCUCCUCAUUUCGCCCCUAGUCCUGGGAAUAUUUCUUCUGAAAGUUAAAGACAUAUAUUAUUAUGUGAAAGACGAAUCUACGCAAAGUUGCAAUUCGGAAUUAGAUGUGUUUAUGCCAGCAAAACAUGGAACGUUGGAACGACGGUUCAACAUUAAAAGAACAAUCUCCGAUGGAAACGCAGGAUCUGUGUCUGACUGUGCAAAGGAAACGUUGCCAAGAAAGAGUACAGAAUUGGAAGGGUAUUCGAAGAAGAAGCUACAAGGAAUCCUAUGGCAUCUCCACAGAAUCCAGAGCAUAUAUACGGCACCUGUGAUGAUCUUCGCGCACAGUGUGGCAACAUAUAUAGUUUUCCUGGCCAUUUUCAGUUACAUGCUGCUGGUAGAGUUUGAUGAAGACAUGGGCAAAUAUGAACUCAUUAUAUUCAUUUGGGUAAUUACCCUUAUGAUUGAAGAGAUGCGUCAGUUUUGUUCAACAUCGCAAACCAAACAAAAUGAAGAAUUUACCAGAGUGGCACUUUGGCAGAAGUUUCUGAAGAAGAAGAAAGAGUACUGGAGUGACAGUUGGAACAAAGUGGACGUUUUGACCAUUGUCCUUUUCAUGCUGGCGGCUAUUCUGCGAUUUUGUCCUUGGACUAUCACUGAAGCACGUGUUGCCUACAGCUUCUGUCUUAUGUCCUUUUUCUUUAGGAUUCUCCAUAUAUUUACAGUCCAUAAGGAACUUGGGCCAAAAAUCAUCAUGAUAAGAAGAAUGAUGACCGACCUUGUGUUUUUUAUGAUCAUUCUGAUGGUGUUUGUCUUAUCGUACUCCAUAACUUCGUACGCCAUCAUGUUUCCAAACUCAGUGAUGAGUUCCGCCUUGGUUACUCAGAUUCUCAGAAAGGGAUACUGGACAUUAUAUGGAGAGUUGUUCCUUGAUGAGUACGAAGGUGCUGAAGAAUGUACAAAGAAUGUGACAAUAUAUGCAGUCAGUCCUAAAAACCGAUGCCCAGAGGAGAGAAUGGUGGCGACCCUGUUAAUGGCUUUUUAUGUUCUCUUUGCCAAUGUCCUCCUUCUGAAUAUUUUGAUUGCGAUGUUUAGCAAUACUUUCCAGAAGGUUCAAGAGAAUACGGAUCGACUGUGGAAUUAUAUGAGAUGCUCUCUCAUAUACGAGUUCUACAAUAAACCGUUCCUUCCGGCGCCUCUAAGUCUUCCUAUUUAUAUAUUCCUAAUGAUAAAGUGGGUACUGAACAGAGGCUGUGGGGUUUGCUUGGACCUCACUCCAGACCUCAGCGAGGCCCAGGAUAGAGAAAUAAUGCAGUGGGAGAACGUGAUAGCAGAUGCCUAUAGCCAGAAACUAAAACGGAACCGAGAAAACAGAAUGGAAACGAAAGUCUUUGAAAUCAGCGAGAGGUUGGAAAAAUUAACAUCAACAAUAGGAAAUAUGCAUUCUUCUUACGAUACAUUCCACCACAUUGAUCGACGGCUUGACUCAAUUGAAGAAAAGAUCUCAAAGAUUCUUGGAUAUGUAAACUGGGAAAAGAAUAAAAAAGUAAGUAUCUGCGAAGAAAGCGAUAACGAACGUCCUUCUGGAAGCAAUCGACACCAUAGCUGCUGAAAAAGAAAACAAUGAUGAAGUGUCAAAUUACUCAAAUAUUCGCAAAGGUUUAACAUAUUAAACGUUCACAAAUAUUGGAGAUGUAACAAUGCCUUUAUACAUGCGUUAAAUCUGAAGUUUAAACUUUUCAUUAACUAUCUCCGAUAGUUAUAGUGUAAAUCAUAUACGGUACCAAUAGUUAUAGAUAAAUUUAAACUUCAGAUUAAACUUUAAAUGUAACACAUGUAUCAUAAUCUUGCGUAAUAUGCCACAAAUUGAUAUAUAUUCCCUGCUAUGCUACAGGUCGAACAAUACUUUUAAAAAAGUUAAUAACUGUCCUACAUGCAAAUAUGUAUUAGUAUCUUACCUACCAUACUUAGAAUAGAAAAUUACAGUUUAGUAUAGUAUUUGUUUGAUGAAUUACGACAUUUUGAUCUGAGUAUGAUAUUUUGAUACUUUACUAUAAGAAUCGUAUGUUUAGAAACUGUGUUGAAUUAAGUUUUUAAGUUUACGACUAAUUGUACCCCCUGUUUAAUUAUAAAUAAGGAAAAAGUGGGAUGCAAUGUACAAGUAAUAUUUAUUUUAAAUAAAAACAUUUCCUUUUGAAAAUGGAAUAAAUGUACAAAGUCAAUUUGUAUAUGGUAAUAAAUCUGUUGUUUACAUGUAUUAUGGGAUAAUAUUUGAGAAUUU